CAGAUUUCUUCGUUUCACUUGAUUCAAAAUCAGCGUGUAAGCUCCAAAUAUUUUAGUGAAUCUUGAAAACCAGCGCUAACGCGUACAAUUUCAGAGUAUUUAGAAAGAAAUUGGAAGCAUUUCAAUUUUUGUUAGCUUUGGUCCACUUUUCUGACUGCCAUUGCAAUCAGCAACAGCUGAAAUACUGUUGCAGCCAUUCCGUCAUCCCAUCUCUUUCCCCCACUGCUUCCAUCGAAACCUUCAAACCUAACCCUAACCUCUCAACUCCACAACAGUUUUAGUUCCCAACGCACCCUGCAAUUCAUCCCUUUUUCGACAAUUUUCCCUUUUGAUCUGACACAGACACAGUGGGAUCCACCUGCUUUGAUUUGAUCGCAUACUUGAGAAAGAUUGAUCACGGACAAGUACGGACAAGUGUCAACCCAUCAAUCAACUAGUGGGUAUGCGCCAAUUUUUAUAUCCUUCUACUUUUCACAUGAGGGUAUCGCCUAAUUUGUUAGUUUGCCGAAAAAGAAUUUGGCUUUGUUUUUGAACAGCAAAAUGUUUCACAGUUUUCUGAAAACUUGAAAGUUUCCAGUUUAUUGUUACCUUUUCUCGAAACGAGGAUAAAUUCGGGUUGGGACGUUCUGAAUGUGGAGGGUUAUAUCUGGGAUUGUUAUACAAGUGAUCUCUCGUUCAUAGCUGGGUCAUGAUUUAGCUUGUGAAGUCACAUUCCCCAGUUUAAGCAUUUUUGUUCUGUGAUGAUCAAAAAGCUCUCUUUCUGUUGGUGAUCACACAAACAGUUUUGCAUCACAGGACUUACAGCUUCGCUACCUUGAUCCCACACGGCCCUACCAUUUAGAUUUUGUCUGUUGAGUGUAAUGUGGUCCGUUUAGGGAAGAGGCUGUUUGGUUUUGGAUCCACCAUUUUAGGGAAGAAUGGGGUCUUAUUCAGAAGAUGAACAACUGGAAGAUUACCUUUUCAAGAUUGUUUUGAUUGGCGAAUCAGCUGUUGGGAAGUCAAAUUUGCUUUCUAGAUUUGCCCGAAAUGAGUUCUAUCCGAACUCAAAAUCAACUAUUGGAGUGGAAUUCCAGACACAGAGGGUGGAAGUAAAUGGAAAGGAAGUUAAGGCCCAAAUAUGGGAUACAGCUGGUCAGGAACGGUUUCGGGCUGUCACAUCCGCAUACUAUAGAGGUGCUGUUGGUGCUCUUCUGGUUUAUGACAUCAGCAGACGCAAGACUUUUGAUAGUAUCAAACGAUGGCUUAAUGAACUUCAAACCCACUCAGAUAUGAAUGUAGUUACAAUACUUGUUGGAAACAAAUCUGAUCUCAAGGAUGCCCGAGAGGUGACAACUGAUGAAGGCAAAGCCUUGGCUGAAGAAGAGGGUCUCUUCUUUAUAGAAACUUCAGCUCUUGACACUUCAAAUGUAAGUUCCGCAUUUCAAACGGUUGUGAAGGAAAUUUACAACAUUCUGAGCCGGAAGGUUAUGCAAUCUCAAGAGUUCCAACAUAAAGAUGCCCGUCACCUAGCAAACGGGGAAAAAGUUGUUCUACAGGGAGUUGGAAAUUCUAAAGCUGAUGUGCAAGAAGCAAAGCGUGGGUGCUGCUGAGUCCUAGAAGUGAUUCUCACUUUUUGUGUGUAAACCAAUCACAUGUUUCAUUUCUCACUUCGAUACGGAGUUUCAAUUUCAGCAGGCCGGAAAGGUAAUGGACUUGUAAUUUCCAGCUAUUGUAGAAUUGUAAAUUAUCUCAGGGUGAAGUGUUUUGGAUGGUGUGCAGUAGCACAUGAUUUUCUGUAAAAUGAGUAUGUUUUAUUGUUCAAUGCUUAUUUCUUGUUAUCCUUGUUUGGUAUACAAACCCUUGUUUUUUGGAAAACUAUCUAUAUAUGUGACUAAAGUCUAAAGUUCAGUGCUUUUUUGGAAAGCCUAGGAAUUUCCAAGUGUACUGGUUUAUUUCUUU